AGAAGGAUUUGAGUCUGCAGCCAGAGAGAAAGGGAUUAGGGCGAGAGCACUGGAAGUUAAAUUGUGCUGCAUAUAAAAAAAAUGGGCGGAUUGGUCUCUAGAUGAGAGCUUGGUACCACCUUCCUUUCUAAAAUAAAAUCUCUCUGGCAUGAAGUCACAGCCUAUUUCACAUCCGGUUUACCCUGGGACGUAUUACUACUGUCUUGGUAAAGAGAAAGCUUUUGUUGUGUAGCUGCGGUCUGAAUAUUGGGAAAAGAAAUUUGGGUGUUAAAUCUUUAACACCGAAGCAUCGGCAGAAUCCAUGAUGGCUGAGACCGAGUGACUGAGAAGCAGAGCCGGGGAAAGCAGCACAGCCUCAGCCGCUCUAAAGGCUCCUUACCUUCAAGCAGCCCCGAUUUCUUGAGCGAUUUUCUCUGGCAGACUUUUUCAGUCAUUCUGCUAACCUGUGCCCAGAGGGGCUCUAGCUUUCAGAGCCCAUCAUGAAGAGCAUUCUAGCACUUUGUGACUGUCUUUGGGCCUGGACCUUGCUUUUGAAUACACUGUCUGGAAGAAGCUAUGGACAAACUUCAUUACAAGAUGAAAUUAAAGACAAUACUACAGUGUUUACCAGAAUACUGGAUCGUCUGCUGGAUGGUUAUGAUAACCGCCUGAGACCAGGACUGGGAGAGCGUGUAACUGAAGUGAAGACUGACAUCUUUGUCACCAGCUUUGGGCCUGUUUCUGACCAUGAUAUGGAAUAUACAAUAGAUGUAUUUUUCCGUCAAAGUUGGAGAGAUGAGAGACUAAAAUUCAAAGGACCCAUGACAGUCCUCCGGCUAAAUAAUUUAAUGGCCAGCAAGAUUUGGACACCUGAUACUUUUUUCCACAAUGGAAAGAAAUCAGUGGCUCACAACAUGACGAUGCCUAACAAACUACUACGAAUUACAGAGGAUGGGACACUGCUGUAUACAAUGAGACUGACUGUGAGAGCAGAAUGUCCAAUGCAUUUAGAAGACUUUCCAAUGGAUGCACAUGCUUGCCCACUGAAAUUUGGAAGCUAUGCCUAUACCAGAGCGGAGGUUGUGUAUGAAUGGACAAGAGAACCAGCGAGGUCUGUGGUUGUGGCUGAAGAUGGCUCUCGAUUGAACCAAUAUGAUCUUCUGGGGCAAACUGUUGACUCUGGAAUUGUUCAGUCCAGUACAGGGGAGUAUGUUGUUAUGACUACCCACUUCCAUUUGAAGAGAAAGAUCGGUUACUUUGUCAUUCAGACAUAUCUACCAUGCAUCAUGACAGUGAUUCUGUCCCAGGUGUCCUUCUGGCUUAACAGAGAAUCCGUUCCAGCAAGAACUGUAUUUGGAGUGACAACUGUUCUCACAAUGACCACCUUGAGCAUCAGUGCAAGAAAUUCCCUUCCAAAGGUGGCCUAUGCCACAGCUAUGGAUUGGUUUAUAGCAGUUUGCUAUGCAUUUGUGUUUUCAGCACUCAUCGAAUUUGCAACAGUGAACUACUUCACAAAGAGAGGUUACGCCUGGGAUGGCAAAAGUGUUGUUCCUGAAAAGCCAAAGAAAUUGAAGGAUCCCCUCAUUAAGAAAAAUAACACAUACACAGCAACAGCAACAAGCUACACCCCUAAUAUUGCCAGAGACCCUGGGCUGGCUACCAUUGCUAAAAGUGCAACAAUAGAGCCCAAAGAAGUUAAACCAGAAACAAAACCACCAGAACCCAAGAAAACUUUUAACAGUGUCAGCAAAAUUGAUCGACUAUCAAGAAUAGCUUUCCCACUGCUUUUUGGAAUCUUUAAUUUAGUCUACUGGGCAACUUAUUUAAACAGAGAACCCCAGCUGAAAGCCCCAACUCCACAUCAAUAACCCUGUUAACUCAUGUAGUUUUUUGUUCAGUCUUUUGCACUGGGGAUUGCUUUCAGUUUGACACAUAGUAAUUCCCAUUUGCUUCAUUGCCUCUGUCUUAAAGAAAAUGAAGGUUUCCUUAUUUUUUAAAAAAAGUAUAUAUCUAUAUUUAAAAACAAGUAACCCUGUAUACUAGGGCCAUAACAAUGUGAUGUGUACACCUGGGAACCAUGAUUCUGAAGAAGGGGAAGGAAAAGUUCAGUAAUGAAAAUGAAUUCAAAACCAUUUGUAGAUAGCUUAUUACUGAAUGUCCCAACAAAGAUACUGUACAUGUAUGUGAAAUAUUUUUAUGCAAAAUAAUUGUGGGGGAAAAUACUGUAUGAUGUUCAUGUAGCACAUACUGUAGUGUACUUACCAUUUACAGAGCACUGUUUAUGUUAUAUAUUUUUCAAGGCUGCAAGGCUUUCAAUUUUGUCAAAUUCCAUGAGAUACAUUAUAUUUCCAGCUCUUCUCUCCCCUCCCUCCCCAAUCCCCCGUGCCCCAAUCCCCAGUCACUGGUCUUAUAAUAUGUAAUGUUCUUUAAAGAAAAGGAAGUCCGAAUACUCUAGGAACAGUUUAUCACUGUACAGCACAUAUAAUUCAAUGGUAAUGAAUGCUUUAAUCUGCUGUCUUGAGGCAGUCUUGUUCUAAGCAUUAAUUUGUCACUAGACUAGACAAGAAAUCAGUUGCACAAUUAAGUGCAGAAUUCAAAUGCCCUUUACCCCAUGUGUAAUCAAACCAGUACCUGGAUGCUUUUACAGGUAGCUUUUAUUUAUCAAUAUGUUUCAGAAAGAAAAAAAGGGUUUUGCAAGCUCUAGAUAUGUUGAAUGUAUUCUUUUAUAAAACAGUACAUUAAAAAGCUUUAGAUUAAAAUUUAUGGACAGCAGAAAGACAAAAUAUAGUAUUUAAAUAAUAUAUGUAAAUAUGCAGCAUGAGAUUGUACUUUUUUUACUUUUUUAAAGUUGUGUUCUUAAAAUAUUGUGUAGGGUUCAUCUAUCUUAGCUCUUAAUAUGUUGUUAAAUGCUAAAGGAAACAUAUUUAGAGCCUGCAUUAAAAAAGUCAGUGAUACUGGAAAGACUACAAAAGGAAAGAAAGAGCUUGGAGUUAAUUUCAUUUGUAAAGUGGUUAAGUGUACAGUCGUUUGCAAUUUGACAAUGCCAUCCAAUGUAUACUAUUAGAUAAAUGACUGGUCUGCUCAGGUCAUGCAUAAAUACUAACAAAUGGAAUAUAUUUAGUAGGUAAAACUGGUAAAAUACUUGUUAAGACAGAAAAAUCAUCUGUAUAUUACUGCUAUAUUUGCUGAUACAUAACUGUUACAAUAAGUGAUGUAAUAUAUGUAGCAUUCAAUACAAAAUCAUACACAAAAGAAUGUACAGGAAAAUAGAUUUUAUUGAAUAAACUUACUACAUUUCAUUUUUACUGUAGCAAUAUAUUUGUAGGAACAAUAUGUAAGGGCUUUAAAUACAAGAUGUCCAUUUUGCAGGUAUGGUAUUCCCUUUAAAACAAUUCUAGUUAGUUUCAUUACUGCUGAGAACUUCUUAGAAAUAUCAAUUUCAGAGAAGGAAUUUUCAAAGAGAUUGAGAGAUUGAUGGAUUUUUGCAAGCGUUAAUUCAGAAUCCACAAAACAUAGUAUUGAGUGAAUUUAAAAACAAUGCCACAUGAACAGUCAGCAAAUUAGUUAAUGAGACAGUCAAGUUUCAUAGUUAUGUUUCUGGCAAUGUUUUAUAAACUCUUCUCAAUAAAUCAAGAGGUUACCUAGCAAUCUACAAACAAAAAAAAUUGUUGUUUUAUUUAGAAAAGAUUUUUUUUAAAAAAUGCUUCAUUGUCUAACAUUUAGUCCUGUCUAAACUUGAUAAGCUAAUCUGAUUGGAGUUUAUUAAAGGGGAUGUUUCAUCUUCUGGUUCAUGUGUAGAUAUAUGUAUAGAAAAAAUAAAAUAUGGCUCUUUAACUUCUGUGUUCUUGUUUAUCUUGUUAUUUUUGGCGUUAAUCUAGUGUGUUCAUUUAGGGUAUUUUAUCUUCCUAGCUAUUCAUAGCUACCUUUUGGUCUGCAUUUUGCACAUUAGAUGUGAAUAUUACUUAAUUAGUCUGCUUUUUGCUAUGCAAUGACUGCAUUAUAUCACCUCUUAGUUUGUUAGUCUAUGUGAAUAGUAUUAUACUGUAUAAAUUUGAUUGCACAGUUUAUCAGAUAUAAAGUAUUCUCUAUGUAGCUUUUUUACAGUGCUUUGCUAAACCAUGUAAUAAUAGUAAGUCUUCCUUGAAAAUAAUGAUACACUCUUAUAGAGGACAGUUCCUGUUUACUCCUGGGAUAAUUUUAAAAAGUUGAAAUUGAAUGUUUAUUGCACCUCAGUGCAGUAAUGUGGCAAUAAAACUUAAAUCUAGUAGAGGUUGUUUAUGGCAGAAGCAUGUAUUUGCUUUACAGAGUUUAGCAAAAGCUCUUUAUUUUAUGUCAGACUGUAAUUCUAUUAU